GCUGAUCGCUGAGACGUAUUUCGAUUUAUUUUUAUCAUUUUUUUUAUUAACGAUUAUGAUCAUCAAUAAAAUCGAUAGAGACGAGGAUUGAAGGAAAUUUGGAGAUCAUGGCGACGAUGUCAACGUCGACAGGAAAUAUUUCAAAAAGGUACUCGAUGCCAAGUGCUCGUCAAGGAAGUGUCUACGACCUGGACAUCGACAUGUUCCUGAAGAUCUCCAACUACGAGGACACAGUGCGCCAGCUAGACGUUUACUAUGGAAUAGUAAAACGUCAACUCCUGAAUUACCAGAGCUGCAUCAACGGUUUAUUCCCGGUGACAUCGACAGACAAAAAAAUAGGGAGUGUAAAAGACAGUAUUUACUGUGCCUCAGCAAUCUGGAGUCUCUACCAGGCAUACAGAAGAAUCGACGAUGACAGAGGAAAGUCCCACGAGUUGGGACAAUCAGCAGUAAAAUGCAUGAGAGGCAUCCUGGAGUGCUGGAUACGUCAAUCAGACAGAAUCGAAAAAUUCAAGACAAAUCAGUGCAACCGUUUCUCCCUCCACUGCAAAUUCGACCUGAACACGGGUGACGAAAUCUUCGAGGACACCGAUUACUUCCACCUCCAGAUAGACGUCGUCUCCCUGUACCUGAUAUUCCUGGUGCAGAUGAUAUCGUCGGGUCUCCAGAUAAUCUACACCCAGGACGAAGUGGCAUUCAUCCAGAAUCUAGUCUACUACGUGGAGAGGGCGUACAGAACUCCAGACUACGGUAUGUGGGAGAGAGGUAGCAGAUACAACGAUGGAACACCAGAGAUUCACGCUAGCUCCAUAGGCAUGGCGAAGAGCGCCCUGGAGGCGAUUAAUGGUUGCAAUUUAUUCGGUGAAAAGGGUGCAUCGUGGUCAGUCGUCUACGUGGACAUCGAUGCGCACAACAGAAACCGAAGUAUCUUCGAGACAAUGCUCCCAAGGGAAUCAUCCUCGAAGAGCGUUGACUCAGCACUUCUGCCUACCAUCUCGUUUCCAGCAUUCGCCACCCACGAGGAAUACCUCUACAACGAGACAAAAUCUAAUGUCGUAAGAAAAUUGAAGGGCUCGUACGGAUUCAAAAGAUUCGGAAGGGACGGCUACAAGACCGUCAUCGAGGAUCCCGAGAGGAGAUUCUACAGGACUGGAGAAAUCCGGGACUUCGAUAAGAUCGAGUGCGAGUGGCCCCUCUUUUAUAUUUUUAUGAUCAUCGAUGGGGUCUUCAAGUCCAUUCCUGAACAGGUAGAGGAGUACCAGAAUCUCCUGAAGCCUAGGAUCCAUAAAGAUCUCAAUGGGGAUCCAAUUAUUCCCAUGUAUUAUUACGUACCUGAGAAGAAUAUCGACAGCGAGAGGAAUGAACCAUCUAGUACCUUCAGGCUUGCGAGUCUCGUCGGUAGUGGGAAUCGAAUCGCUGGGGAUGAGGAGGGAAAUGGAAUUUAUCUCUGGAAUCAAUCGAUGUUCGUUAUUGCACAGCUGUUGACUGCUGGACUCCUCCACAUCAACGAGCUGGAUCCCAUCCGGAGGUACCUGCCAUCCUACAAUCGACCUCGACGAGCUGGGAGGUAUUCAGCCUUUCAGGGAACGCAUUCGGAUCUAGUGGUCCAGAUAGUCCUGAUAGCAGAAUCAAUGCGCCUCCAGGCGAUGAUGGCAACGUACGGUAUCCAAACGCAAACUCCCCACGAGGUAGAGCCAGUGCAGAUUCUGUCAUCAGUGCAGCUAGUGAAAGUCUACCAGAAGUUGGGAAUAAAUGGUAAAUUGAAGCUCCAGGGUCGUCCAGGUCGUCCAAUCGGUUCCCUAGGUACCAGUAAAGUGUACAGAGUCUGUGGUAUGACAGUUCUUUGCUAUCCCCUGAUCUUCGAGGUAUCGCAAUUCUACUUGUACCGCGACAUGGCACUCCUGAUAGACGACAUAAAAACCGAAUUAAAAUUCGUGGGAAAGUACUGGAGAUUGUCAGGAAGACCAACCGUUUGUCUCCUGAUUCGUGAGGAGCACAUGAGAGAUCCACAGUUCAAGGAGAUGCUCGAUUUAUUUGCAAUGCUGAAGAAGGGCUACUGCGAUGGAACGAAAGUACGAAUUGGUCGUCUUCAGAAUCUUAUAUCAUCAUCCUGCAUCGAGCACUUGGAUUUUGUCAGCUCGAUGGAGACUGAUCUAGAGCUGACGCAAUUCAAGCAGCUGAAGCACGACUACAUCGGCUAUCAGAGCCUGACUGAUGUCCCGAGGACUCUGUCCUACGUUGAAGAGCCCAUUGAUUACUCGAAAUUCACCAAUGAAUCAACACCGAAUAUUCUCCAGGAGAUUCGCAACUCGGUGGGGCUUUACGCCAAGUGUCAGCUCUAUGGAAUGCUCUUGAAGAAAGAAGGGGUUAAUUAUGAGAUCAGUGGAAUGACUGUUGGUGAUCACCUGAGGAAACUCUAUCAGCAGGCUGGAAGCCUCAGGUACUGGAUGGCUGUGAGGUACUGCAGCAGUUUGUUAAAUCACACUGUCGACAGCAUCAGUCCUUUCAUCACUGGUGUUCUUGUCAAGGGAAAACAGAUAACUGUUGGUGUCAUUGGCCAGCAGGAGACUGUAUUCGAUAAACCAAUGACACCAUCUGAGAUCCAGUCAGUCAUGUACUCGACUAUUCAGCCACACGAUGUCGUCCAGGCUGUACUCCAGCAAGAGAUUCUACUCUACUGUGGAAGAUUAAUUGGUACCAAUCCUGACAUGUUCAGGGGCAUCCUCAAAAUCAGGAUUGGAUGGGUUCUCGAGGCCAUCAGGCUCUACCUGGAACUCUUCGUUAAGAACCCAAAACCUAUUGAGAAUUAUAGUCCUUAUGAGAUCAGGAGAAUUCUUAUUAAGGUACUCACUGUCAAGGAUUGGGCCUCCAGGGAGCAUCUCACUGUCAUCAGCAGGAGGAAGAUCGAGGGGAGCCUCUGCAGGGUUCCACCACAUUUUUAUAAUCAAGUGUGGGAGGUGCUGAUGAGGUGUCCUGGGGGGAUUAGAGUCAAUGGAAAAGAAUUGCCUCAGCAACCCACUCUUUCCAACAUGACGAGAUCUGAAUUGACUUUUGCACUUCUUGUUGAAUCAAUUCUUCAUCAUAUUCAUCUGCCUGAGUAUCGACAGAUUGUUGUUGAGCUUUUGAAUAUUGUCUCCGUUAUUUUGAUGAGGAAUCCAGAGCUCAUGUUCAGGCGGGAAUUGGAUUUAAAUUCUCUCGUGGAGGAUGCCUUCACCAUGUAUUGUAAGGAUCAUAAUGUCGAGAGGAGCUCUGAUAUGGCGAAUUUUUUUGCUGCUCAUUACUCUGUUACCACUGGGUAUCUUGCCAGGGCUGUUGUCAAUAAUGUACUCACGGGGGGGUCUAUGGUCACUCCUAUUGAUUUUGAUGUACCUAGCGAAUCCUCGGAGAUGUGUAAUGUUAGUUAAUUUAUUUAAGAUGUUGUGUUAUUCUAAAAUUCUGGAUCUCUGAUCUGAAAUUCUCACAAAAUCAGGGGAUAUCAAAAUUGAAAGAUUAAUUGUUAUCGCAAAUUGUUAAUUGUUUUAUUGAAAUUCUGGGGAUUCGCCGUUUUUUUUGGUGGGAAUUCUUUUUUGUGGCCUCUUUUUGGAUUGGAGGCUUUAGAUUUUUUUAGUGAUUCUGCUCAGACUGGAAUCUUCUGUGCCAUGUAAAUAAAAUGAAAUACUCAUUA